AACAAGUCAUCGAAGCCUCCAAUCGUGUUUCUCCACGGGUUCUUGGGCUCUGGAAAGAACUUCACACUCGUGUCGAAGAAGUUUGCCAAGUUAUGGGGAGUCACCACGUACACCUACGACGCUAGAAACCACGGAAGCUCACCUCAUUGUGUCCCAAUGGACUACCAUUCGUUGACAAGCGACCUCGGCACGCUGUUGAACCAUGAGCGACUGGACAAGGUCACGCUGGUGAGCUACUCCAUGGGCGCAAAGGUUGCAAUGAACUACGCCCUAGCACACCCUUCCAAAGUGGAAAGGAUGGUGUGUAUCGACAACGCACCUGUGGUCAAGCCCAUUGGCGACGAUUUCAAGGCUUACAUCGCGGCUCUGGUGGACAUCUUGCACAAGGACUGGUCCCAUGUCGACCAUAGAGCGCUCCAGAAGAAGCUGCUCCAGGAGAUGAACAAGGUGACGAACGACAAGAACUUGUCGCUGUACCUCCUCGCCAACGUGAAGAAGCACAAGAACAGGUUGGUCUCAAGGAUCCCUCUCGAGGUGAUGAACGACGAGACAAUAACACAGCUCGGCGACUUCCCUCACCACGACAAGCCCGUCAACGUGCCUACGCUGUUCAUAAAGGCCGAGCACUCGCACUUCAUCGACGCUGAUGGCGUCAAGGAGUGCAAGAGGCUGUUCCCGCGUGCAGUGUUUGGCACCGUG